AGAAGAAAAGUGUGUUCUGUACCGACUGCCAUUAAGAGGUAAAUACUCUUUGGUUAGCGUGUUAUAAACAGAAAAGCGAGCUCAUCUGCAAUUUUUAGUAUCUUCAACUUCUCCAUUUUUUUGUCUCUUAUUGAAGAUUAGAGUUUCUCUCUCAGAGAACUGACCACAAUUGAAAGAUGCCCCUUAUAAAGUUACAAUCAUCUGACGGGGAGACUUUUACCGUCGAUGUUGAGAUUGCAAAAUGCUCCGUUACAAUAAAAACUAUGUUGGAAGAUUUAGGUAUGGAUGAGGAGGAAGAAGAGGUGGUGCCAUUACCAAAUGUGAAUUCUGCAAUUUUAAAAAAAGUUAUCCAAUGGGCAACCUACCACAAAGAUGAUCCACCACCGCCAGAGGAUGAUGAAAACAAAGAAAAACGAACAGAUGAUAUCUCAUCUUGGGAUGCUGACUUCUUGAAAGUGGAUCAAGGUACCCUGUUUGAACUGAUUUUGGCUGCCAACUAUCUUGAUAUAAAAGGUUUGUUGGAUGUUACAUGCAAAACUGUUGCUAAUAUGAUAAAGGGUAAAGCACCUGAAGAAAUAAGGAAAACAUUCAACAUCAAGAAUGAUUUCACAGCUUCUGAGGAAGAACAAGUCCGUAAGGAAAAUGAAUGGUGUGAGGAAAAGUGAAUUGCUGUGCAAAAAUUUACUAUUAACUCUUUUAUUUUGUUCCUUCAUCAAAUUACCACCGUUUCCAUGUCCAUCUGAUUUUCUACUUUUAAAUAUUGAUCUUUCAAAAUUUCUUUAUUUGUGAUAAAAUUACUCUGCUUUUCUUGUGUAUUUGUUCUAUCAAAAUAAAUGUUUAAUGUAGUCUGAAUACUCUGUUCACAAAUUCCAUAAUUCUAAUAAAGUAUAGUGAUUAAAAAAUA